CUCGUCCCCUCUCAGAGAGGAAUCGGCUUCUCCACUCUUCAGCUCAGGAGCAAAAAAAAAGAGGAGGGAAUAGUUCUUUCAUAGCUUGGGAGUCGAUGGAGCUAGACCCCGAUGAUGUGUUUCGAGACGACGAAGACGACCUCGACAGUGAAUUCUAUCAGGAGAGAGAAGCUACGAAAGAACUGUUAGUAUAUAUUGUGGAUGCUUCCCCCAGAAUGUUUUCAACUACUUCUCGAGCGGAACAUGAAAAAGAAAUAUCUCAUUUUGAAGUUGCUAUUAAUUGUAUUGCACAAAGCCUCAGAACUCAAAUAGUCAAUAGAUUGUAUGAUGAAGUUGCAAUAUGCUUCUACAAUACUAGGGAAAAGAAGAAUUUGCAGGACUUGAAUUGUGUCUACGUAUACAAUGUCCAGGAUCGAGAUGAUUUAGACAGACCAACAGCAAAACUUAUAAAAGAAUUUGAUCGCAUCAAAGAAAUAUUUAAUAAUCAAAUUGGCAGUAAAUAUGGCAUUGAACCCGGAUCUCGCGACAAUUCACUGUACAAUGCUAUUUGGGCUGCUCAGGCUCUUCUCCGCAAAGGAUCUGCAAAAAAUGCUGAUAAAAGGAUUCUCUUAUUUACAAAUGAAGACGACCCAUUUGGUUGUAUCAAGGGAGCAAUAAAAAUUGAUAUGAUGAGAACAACCAUUCAGCGAGCCAAGGAUGCUCAAGAUCUUGGCAUAUCAAUUGAAAUUCUUCCCUUAACUAGACCAGAGGAGGAGUUUAAUGUUUCCAUUUUCUAUGCUGAGUUGCUUGGUUUGGAGGAUGAUGAAAUUGCUCAGUUUAAGGCAUUAAUAGGGGAAAGAUUUGAGGAUCUGAAGGACCAAUUGAGAAAGCGUAUAUUCAAGAAGCGUAAAGUUCGAAGAAUUAACUUUACAAUUGCACAUGACUUAUCUAUACAAGUGAAUACAUAUGCUUUAAUUCGUCCUACUAAUACAGGGACUAUAGCUUGGCUUGAUUCUGUCACUAACCUUCCUCUGAAGACGGAGAAAUUCUUGAUCUGUGGGGAUACUGGUACUGUGAUACAAGAGCCACCGAAGCGCUUUCAAUUGUACAAAAAUGAGACUGUCAUGUUCUCAGUCGAUGAACUUUCAGAAGUAAAGAAAAUUUCUACUGGAGACCUUCAUCUCCUAGGGUUCAAACCAUUGAGCUGCCUAAAGGACUAUCAUAAUUUGAGGCCAUCAACAUUUGUCUUCCCUACUGAUGAGGAAGCAAUGGGAAGUACAUGUCUUUUCAUUGCUUUGCAUAGAUCAAUGAUACGGCUCAAGCGUUUUGCAGUUGCUUUUUACGGGAGUUCAUCUCAGUCUCGAUUGGUUGCCCUUAUUGCUCAGGAGGAGAUAACAACUACUCGUGGUCAGGUUGAGCCACCAGGGAUGCAUCUGAUAUUUCUUCCUUACUCUGAUGAGGAGAUAACAACUACUCGUGGUCAGGUUGAGCCACCAGGGAUGCAUCUGAUAUUUCUUCCUUACUCUGAUGAUAUUAGACAUAUUGAAGAGCUUCAUGCAGAUUCAGAGUCCUUGCCUCAUGCAACUGAUGACCAAACUAAAGCAGCCUCUGCUGUAGUGAGGCGUAUUGACUUAAAAGACUUUUCUGUUUGCCAAUUUUCAAAUCCUGCAUUGCAGAGACACUAUGCAAUAUUGCAGGCUCUUGCUCUGGAUGAAGACGAGAUGCCUGAAAUGAAAGAUGAAACUCUUCCCGAUGAAGAAGGCAUGUCUAGACCUGGUAUCGUUAAAACGCUAGAGGACUUCAAGUUUUCUGUAUAUGGAGAGAACUAUGAUGAGGAGAGUGAGCUAAAUUCCAAAGGAAAGACUACUACUAUUAGCGAGGCUGCCAAAAAACGUAAAGCAAUUGCUGAAAAUGCCGUCAAGGAGUAUACGAAGUAUGACUGGUCUGACCUUGCAGACAAUGGACAGUUAAAAGAUUUGUCGGUUCAAGAGUUGAAGUACUACCUGAUGGCCCACAGCCUCCCUGUGGGUGGGAAGAAAGAUGGAUUGAUCAGUAGGAUACUAAGUCAUAUGGGCAAAUGAACUGGUGAUACUCAUCCCUGAAUAUUAUUAUUAUUGACGCCAUUUUGGAUGACUGGUUACUAUCCUACUUACCGUAUAGUUGCCUACAUAUACAAUGCUGGCAAUAUGUAUAGUUGAAGCAACUGAGGUUUUUGUAUUGGCUUUCAUCUAUAUGGGGCAUUGGGGGGUCACCAUAUGUGAAUUCGCUUAGAAUUGCUAUUAAUUUAUUGGAAAUUUGGAAUGAUUGAAAUUAAAAAAUGAUAAGGUUCCGAGCUUCCGAUUACAA